ACUGACCCAACCGCCGCAACCCCAGCCCCAGCCGCAGCACAAACAGCAGCAACCGCAACAGCAAACGCAUCAGCAUCAGCAUCCACAACAACCUCAACCGCCAACCGCGGUCUGCCAUACUACGAGAGACUCCGCCGCGAACUGCGCGACACACUGCAAAAGAAACGCCUAAUGGACAAGAGCAUGGCCCAACUCGAAGACCAAAUCUACCGCUUCGAACAAUCCUACCUCGAAGAAACCACCGCCGGCAACAUCAUCAAGGGCUUCGACAACUACAUCAAGGGAUCCUCGACCGGCGGCGGACUCGGCGCGGGGGGACUCUCGCUCGGCGGCGGCGGCGGUGGUGCGCGACGGAAGGCGCCCGUCACCGAGGCGGAUCGCGUGUUCUCGAGGAGUUCGGCGAGUUAUAUGCGGGACUCCCCCGCGCCAUCAUCCGCCCAGACAACCCCCUCGCACGCCCCCACGCCCAAUUCCACCUACAACGGUUCCUCGACCGGUAAACCCGGCAACAAUGGCGACGCCUCCUCCGCGGCGAACAGCGUCAAGGGCCAAUCGUCCAAGAACAAGAAGAAAUCCGGCGGCGGCAAUGCGAAUAAGGAUAAGUCCGCCGCAAAUAAUAGUAACAAAGACAACAAUAACGAUGAGGAGGCGACGGAUGGGGAUCGGCCGCCGACGAAGCGGUUGAAGAUCACUUAUGGGCGGGAUUAG